UUUGCCUUCGUCUUGCUUUUCGAAGUAGAGAAAGAGUGCAGGGAGACAAGGGAUAGGAUAGGUAGCGAUGGAGGAGCCAACUGAGGAGAAGGAAUCCAUAGCUGAGGCUUCCAAGGAGGUUUCUCGGGAGUUCAGAACCCUAGUCAAUGCCGAUGAUUUGGAUACCCUCAAGCAAUUGCAGCAUCUCAUACUGGGAAGGUUGCAGGACAGCAAUGCAGUCUUGUCCCAUUUUAACGACUAUUCAGAGAAUUGCUUCACCGAGGUUUCGGGGGAUUUUUACAAGAACACUCGCCUGCUGAAGUCUAUGAAGUCGGAUCUCGAUUACAUAUUUCUAAGGCUAAGAACUAUGAAAUCGAAAAUCUCAGCCGUCUAUCCUGAUGCAUUCACUGACGAAUCAGCAAAACAAGUAGAGGACCGAAGGCCGGAUCUUGAAGCACCUAUGGAACCCUAGUAUGUUGGUGCAUUGUGCUUUUUGUUGCAUCCCUGUCCUGGGUCUAGAGGGCACGGCAGUGCCAUUUUUGGUAUCUGCUGCGAAGUGUAUCUAGGCAGUAGGCAGGCGGGAGUUCAGAAAAAGGGUAAGCAAAGGAUGCAUCUUUCCAGUGGAAUCUUUGGACUUUUGUCAGUCCAGUCCACUCCAGGCAAAAGGGUUUUGUUAUUCUCUACUUUCUUUCUGUUUUGUGUCAGUUACAGACCCGGGAGAUCUCUCUCUCGCCUCCAUCUGAUCUGUUGUGGUAAAUCAAAGCUUUUCUUUUUCGUAUGUACUUUCUUCCCAAAACCUUCCUUUUGUUUCUCUGGUAAAAAAGAGAAACCCUGCCGUUCCCCGUUCCAAUUACUGGCCCUCGUCAGUCGCGUGUACUCUCUUCCUCUCUCAUGCAAUUCAGCCCUGAGGCCUGCCUGAACCUUCUAGCUCUCUGUCUCUGUCUCUCUCUCUCUCUCUGCCUGUGUUCUCUUCCUCAUGCAAAAAGCACAUUAUAUAUAUAGAUGAUCAAGAACCAAUCGAUCUCUCACUGAACCACUGCCACGGCAAAGGAAACCAGAGUUUGAUUGAUUCUUGAGCCUGCCCUGAUCACUAGAAAAUGGUGGGGAGUGGCGGUGGAUCCUCGGCAAGAAGCGAGAGUGACAAGGAGAAGACUAAGCUGAGGGAGAGGCAGAGACGGGGGAUCACCACCAAGAUCUUCCACGGCCUCCGCAGAUACGGCGGCUACCACCUCUCCCCGCGGGCAGAUAUCAAUGAAGUCCUCCGGGAGCUGGCCAAGGAAGCUGGUUGGAUCAUCGAGCCGGACGGCACCACCUACCGCUACAAGCUCGUGAACCGCUGCCCAACUUGCGGCGCUGGUCCGAGCCAGGCGAGCACAACUGCGACUCCGACUGCCAGCAGCACGUUGGUUGCCGGCGGAGGAUCGGGAUCUGGAGGAGACUGCUCCACCACAACUUCCCCACGCCGGAUAGACCCAAGCAUGGCGUUGAUCAAUGGCGUCAACAGUGGCAGGGCAGUCAAUGGUGGGGCACCGAAUUCCGUCGGCUCUUCCUCUGGCGAGCAGCUGGACAUCUCUCCUGCGUUCUACAUAUACAACCAUCCUGAUCUCCUGCACCAACCGUCCAUCCCCACCACCACCAACGCGGUGGCCGAAAUCGGCAUGCCAGUGAAUGUACCAUCAGUUCUCCACCACCAGGAGCUGUUGCAGCUGCAGGGGGCGUUUAUGGAAGAAGCUAUUGUGGCGGCGGCUGGUCCUGUUGAGUCAUCACCGCGGCGUAAUUGAGUAGCUAACCAUUUAACAAUAGAGGAGAUCUUUACUAUAAUUAUGCGUUUGACAGAACUUGGAAGCUGAGAAUCAUUUUCUGAUCUCUGUUGUUGCACUUAGUUUAACUGUUCCUGUUAUGCAAUAGUAACAAAGUAGUAUCAAUGCUUGAGGCUAGAUAGAGCUGCCGCAGUUUGAGUGAACCAAAUCCAGCUACAAUAGUUGAGGAUCAGAAACUUUGGCACUGCUACAUUGACUUGUUAAUAGGUUGAGUUACUCAAAUUAUUGCCAGCAGAUUGUCGUCUGUAAGCACAAAGAAAC